ACAAUUCUAGGAAACGAAAAGUCCCAGCCUAUAACCAAGAAGGAUCUAAGAGACGGAGAACGCCACCUCAGGUCAAUUCAACAAAUCAGGGACCAUCGAAAAUGAUCCCCGACUACGUCGAGAAUCCAAGCCGUCGGCUAAAAUUACUAGAAAAUUUGGGAUAUGUGAAGAUUUCAACAAAAUUCGUUUUAGAAAAGAUAAAUAUGACCUUUUUCAUUUUAGGUCAAAACACCACAGUCAGUAGCAGAGUUUUCGAUAACAUUUCUAGAUUGAUUGUUGGUGUCCAUGACCGCAAACCGGGAUGCCAUAUUGUUGCUGCUUUUCAAGAGCUCAGUGUAUCCCGCAUCCAACAUCUCAAAAGAGGAAAAGUGUUUUUACGUGAUAAUGCGAUUCAGGAUGUGCCUGGCUUUAUUAAAAAAGUUUGGAUGACCGAACUCAUGACAAUUUACGAUGAAGACCAUUUCGAGAAAGUAUGGCAAUUCGAUACCGAUCGCUGUGACAUCCAAUACACCAUUGGAGUCAGUAAAAAUGGUCACCGUUUGGGUGUUGUUAACGUUCAUAAGCCAUCCCAUAAUACAGUGGCCUUGGAUCGAACAUUUUUCGCCAAUCUGUGUUCGGUCUUAGAAAGGGGUUAUUUCGGUGGAUUGGACAAUACCCAUUGUCAUUAAGAUCCAGUCGAUAGUAUGAUUUUGGUGGGCGAUUUCAACUUACGCAACAUUUUCAAUAAAUGUGUUGAGGAGACAACUGAGAAAGAAAGACGUUUGUUGGCCAUUUUACUAACAUUCAGUUUGUUUCCUCAUUCGGAUCUUCCAACCAGAAAUGGUCUCUGCAUUGAUUAUAUUUGUCAUUCCAACAAUAUGGAAUGUAAGAAACCUUUCGAAAUAAAAUCGAAUGGAUCUGAUCACAAACCUGUUGCUGGACUUUUUCUGGAAAUAUAAGAAAAUAUCCACAAUACGGGACUAUUAGGUGAUUUGUAGAGUAAAUAAUUAACAUAAUCAAUUAUCUGUUACUAGCAAACAAUUAAACAUAAUCAGGUAAAAACUUUAA